AAUGUCGAACAAUAACCAGCAGUGAAAAUUAAGACUGAGAAAAAUGUGGACACUCUUCACAGUCUGUCACAGUUUCGCAAAGGAUUGAUUCAACAAGCAGAUGAAGGUAAUCCAAUAUCAUCAACAAAAACUGUUGACAUUAAAGAUGUCAAGGUGCCACUUGAAAGAAUGAAAAACUUCUCAACUCCUGUCAAACCAGGCCAGUCGACGAGUACAGAUGAUGGUACAGAUGAUGGUAAAGAUGAUGGUACAGAUGAUGAUUUUAAAAACAAGAGUAACAAUACCAAGAUUAAGAUUAGAAGCAGUGAAAAGAUGUUAAUGCUUGGUAAUAAGGAUUUAGAAGAUAUGAAGAGGUUGAUGUUGGAGUCAAACAAGCAGACUCAAGAAAUGGCAACAUCAAUUGGAAGAACAGCUAGGAGACUCGAGGAAGUCUCUAACGCAAUGUUAGAUGCCCUAAAGGUGAUGACAAAAGGGUAUAAAGCAGAGUUAGAUCGCGAAAAGACUAAAGCAGAAGCAGCUAAGUUAGAAGCAGAAAAGAAGACCGGAGACGGAGAAGAUACUGUCAAAGCACAGACAGCAAAAUUUGACAGUAAGACAAAAUGUUUCAGAUGUGCUAAGACUGGACAUAGAAUCGAGGACUGUACAUUGGCAAAAGAUUUGUGGUUUUGCUAUUUCUGCCAAGAUUUUAGAAAUCACAAGGGUAAAGAUUGCGACGAGGGAAGACUCAAAAGUAAGAUUUUAAAUAAUGAUAAUAUCAAAUCUAGAGGUAAAGUAGAUAGACGAGGUUUUAUUAAAGUUAGAAAUAAUGUGAAUUCUAAGCCAUAUAAUAAUGAUAGACGUUUUAAGAAUUAUAAUAAGAAUAAUCAGCACUCAGCUCAAAAUGCACUUAAACGAGAAAGUAGAAGUGCAAAAAGAGUGACUGAUGAAAGACAAGGAGCAACAGAUCACAUAGUAAAGAAUCGAUUGAUAUUAAGCAAUUUUGAAAAAUGUGAAAAUAAAGUAAUUAAGAGUGCCAAUAAGAAUAAAUCGGCUGAUAUUAUAAUAGAUGGAAAAGGUGAUCUUUUGUUCUACACGAAUCAAGAUAACAAGAUAAUUAAAUUAUCAAAUGUUAUUAGUGCUAAAGAUGUAUCAGAUAAUUUAUUUCAGUGA